AAGCCUUCCCCCUGCUGGAGGAGUCGCGUGACGCCUGCAGAUUAUCUAAGAGCUCGCGCACAGGGACAUAUACAGUCCGCCAUGAGUGCUGCUAUGAAUUUUAAAAAAUGCGGCUCUGUGCUGAUUACUGGAGCCAGCCGGGGCCUCGGGCUGCAGUUAGUGGACAGUCUGGCAAGUGGACAGUUUUCACCUGGAAAGAUAAUAGCCACGUGCAGAAACCCUGGUAACGCACAGGAACUUCAAGAACUGGCGGAGAAGCAUCCCAACAUCCACAUAAUCACUUUGGACGUAGUGAACCAGGAGAGCAUAGAGAAGUCUGUAGAAGAGGUGAGCAAGCUGGUGCAAGAAGAAGGUCUGAACUGCCUGAUCAACAAUGCGGGCAUCAAAGUGGUGGCCGACUUUCAUUCUGUUACCGCCGAGAUGAUGAUAGAAAACUUCCACACCAACACUGUGGCUCCUCUAAUGAUCACUAAGGCUUAUCUGCCUCUUCUAAAAAAAGCUGCAUCCAAAGGAGGGGCAGGAGGCUCAGCUACAAUGGGAAUCCAGAGGGCAGCGGUUAUUAACAUGACCUCACUGCUGGGCUCUGUGGAGCUCGCUUGGGGUGAGAGGGCCAACAACUUCAAAUGGUACCCCUACAGGACAUCCAAGAGUGCACUAAACAUGGUUAGUCGCUGCAUGGCUGUAGACCUAGAGCCAGAUGGGAUUCUCUGUAUGGCUAUACACCCUGGCUGGGUACGCACUGACAUGGGGGGGUCAGAGGCUCCACUGAGUCCCGAGGAUAGUAUUUCUUUCAUGUUGUCUGUGAUUGGAGGGCUAACUGAAAAGGACCAUGGCUCAUUUCUGAACUUUACAGGAGAGCAGAUACCUUGGUGAACUUGAUGUCCAUCAGUUAUGAGAAGGACUGAGAAUUCUUAACUCAUCCUAAUGGUUAUUACUUUUACUCUAACUAUGCAAGAAUGAAUGUAUCUACGGCUUUGAUUGUGCUGCAUUCCACUUUAUAGGAGCGUAUCUACUAGAGCUUUUUCCAAACCAUUUUGCUCUGUCCCCUUCAAAAAGUGCACUGAGCCCUGCGGUCAGGGAAGCGCAUGUUGUGUUAGUAAGAGAAAAUCACAGACUAGAUUUUACAAAUGUUAGCACAAACUCCAUAAACUUUUCAUCGCUCAGGGUGGGCCUGCUGUGUAUUUUGGGGGGCUUAUAUAGGCUUUUGGAUUGUCUUGCUGUGAAAUAACACCAGCCGUGGUGCAAAUCGGUUCUCAGUCCACCAGUGUCUUCACAAUGAUUACAUGUACAACAGAUAACCAAUAAAAUAUCCUACAUAGGGACUAUGUCUGUGAAGGUUCUCAGUCAUCCAGGUCAUCUUUGCAAGCUUUCUUUGCAAGCUCCUUUGACUACAUAGGGACUAGGUUAGCAGCAGUUCGCAGAUUUGCCCUUAAACUAUGGUAUGAUGUUUAACAGCCGUAUGAUAAUAUUUCAUAUUAGGAUAGAGAAUUUAAUUUGCUCAUAGUCAUCUUGGUUUCUUGGAGAAUAGGUCAAGCUAGUGCACCUUUCCUGUUUGUAUUGCUUCAAAAGAAGUAGGGUUUGUUAAUUUAUUUUCCCCGUAUUUUGUUUGCUCCAGUGGGAGACUGUAAAAAGAUGGAAGUCUUUUUACACAUAUUUUCUUUAAAAAUUUGUUUCAAUUUUCAGUUCUAAUAAAUAAUUUACUAAAACAAAACUGUCUUUUGGUAUAUUCCUUAAAGAGUUAUUGUAAAUAAUAUUUAUUUAGAAACUGAAAUGAGGUGUAAGGAUGAUGUUCAUUUCUUCAGGGGUUUUUUUUGUAUAAUUUUCUAAACACAUAAAGCAAAUGACACCACAAAAACAGGCAGGCAAAUGCACAAAACAGUUAUUCUGUAGACUGCAAUGAGUUCCUAAGACUAGGACAGAAGCGAUAACAUUCAUCAAUACCAUUAAGAAUGCUAAGUUUAUAUAUGGGGGCCACUGUUUAAGUAGUGGAAAUGGAUGUAAAUGUUAGUUUUAAUAUAGUCCAUUAAGUUUUAGGUUGUCUCGAUUUAUCUACUUAGUUUCUUGAGUUUAAGAUGAUGCAUUACUUCCCUCAGUCAUUGAGCGAAUCCAGUUCAAAGUGGCAAAUGUAAUUUUUGGCUAUUUUUUUAUUCCUAGAAAGAUACCUGUUGUUCCACAAUAGCAAAUAUGGCCACAAGUGAUUGUUUAUUUAGUUGAAUAGUCAUUUUAAAAAUGUGUGACAGUGUUUUUAAGAUUCAACUCCAAUACAUACAAAAAUUAGGACACUGGCAAAAAGACCUUCAAAGAAGCUGUGACCCAGUUUCAGUCCUUUGCAUGUUGAGUGUGCUUGUAGACAUUUUAGUGGAUUUAGCUUUGCAAAAAUAAAGGUGUAACAAUUGAAGUCCACAAUGACGUUAGUUAUUGCACCUAGAAAUUCUCAUACCAUUGCAACCCCAAUAGGGAAUUAAAAAACAUUAACAGCUACAAAGAAUGUGGGAAAAGGUUGUAAAAGUACAUGCUCUCUUGGCACCCUACUUCUGACCCCACCGAUCUUCAUACAUCUCCAUCACCCUGGGUCAACAGACCUGAAUCAAAUGAUUAGUUCAUUACUAGGUCUCUGGAGAAC